UCCAUUAUUUCUCAGUACUACGUAUCAUCCCUCUCUCUCUCUCUUUCCUUUACUUUAUUGCCGCUUUUAAACCUGCGAUUUGCUCAUAGACCAAAAACAUAUACCUAAUGAUGUCUUCGGAGCAUCACACACCAACGAAAGAUCCACCGGAUCAUCCAUCUUCUUCCUCCAACCAUCUCAAGCAACCGCUUCCUUCUCAACCGCAACCGCUCAGCCGCUACGAAUCGCAAAAACGCCGCGAUUGGAACACGUUCAUCCAAUACCUAAAAUCGCAGAAUCCACCGUUGAUGAUGUCUCAGUUUGAUUACACGCACGUGCUAAGUUUCCUAAGGUACUUAGAUCAGUUCGGUAAAACCAAAGUACAUCACCAAGCUUGUGUCUUCUUCGGACAACCCGAUCCACCAGGACCGUGCACGUGUCCUCUCAAACAAGCUUGGGGAAGCUUAGAUGCUUUGAUCGGACGGUUGAGAGCUGCUUACGAGGAACACGGUGGCGGGUCACCUGAUACAAACCCGUUUGCAAACGGGUCAAUCCGGGUUCACUUGAGGGAAGUGAGAGAAUCUCAAGCCAAGGCUCGUGGGAUUCCUUACAGGAAGAAGAAGAGGAGGAGGAAGACCAUAAACGACGUCGUAGUGGUCAAGAAAGAUGUUGCAAACUCUUCAUCGACUCAUAAUCAGUCGUCCACUUGAUCAUUUAUCAUAUAAAAAAUAUUUCCACUAUAGGUAAUCAAUAUAUAAAUUCUCUUUCUUAUCUAAUUUAAAAUUUCAUAGGCUAUUUGAGUUGGAAUUAUUCCCUCUGAAUAAUUAGACCACAAAACUCAAAAUGUAUCUGUUUAUAUAUAAUUGUGA